GCACUAGUGGAAAUCUGCUCAGUACUAGUAGUACUUGUGACAUUAUAAAAUUCCACUAGUUAACAUCUAGCACUUCACUAGAAGAGCUACCUGUGCGGGGAUGUCAAUUACGGCACAGUUUUGCCUCACUAGUACAUGUAGUUUUCCUACCAGUAUGCCAAAGUUGUCCUACGAGGUCCAUGAGCGUACAAGUAGACGGACCUUAAAACCAUUUGAGCAUUUAUUCAUUGAGCACUAGUUUUUCAUUCAUAAUUUAGCACACUAGUAGGUUAUCGAACAAAAAGUCCGUUUCAGUAACACUGUGGGAAUUCAUCAAAUGCUUUUCGAUGUAGGAUUUCAGAUCAAUUCAUUGAAACCUUAUGAUUUAAAUAGUUAGCUGUAUUAAAAAAUGUCCUUCUAGGCUUGCCUGUAACAUUUUGCACUUGAUAAAUGACCUUUGAGUUUGUAGCAUUGUCUUUUAAUAUACCUCUUUGAACUUGAGAUGGCGCCAUAACUCCAGCCAUUUUUGAACCGCUUAUCCUCGCUAGGGUCGCGGGCAUGCUGGAGCCUAUCCCAGCUAGUGAGAGGUGGGGUACACCCUGAACUGGUCGCCAGCCAAUCGCAGGACACAUAGAAACAAACAACCAUUUGCCCUCGCAUUCACACCUACGGGCAAUUUAGAGACUUCAAUCAACCUACCAUGCAUGUUUUUGUUAUGUGGGAGGAAACCGGAGGACCCGGAGAAAACAUGCGCAGGCACGGGGAGAACAUGCAAACUGCACACAGGCGGGGCCGGGAUUUGAACCCCGAUCCUCAGAACUUUGAGGCAGAUGUGCUAACCAGUCGACGACCAUGCCGCGGCAUCAUAACUCAUUGAUUCAUAUUCAGCCCCUGAAAAGAGCCAGCUGAUUUUUACCCUCUAACCUGAGGGUGUAGUUAUGGAAGAUUUUACUAAUGGGUACCAGAAUAUACUGCAGAAACACACUAACACAAAUUCUUGGAUUCUUGGUAAUUUUAGUACUUUUGCAGAGCAUAUUACUAAAAGCAUUCUGAGAUUUUAUGGGAAUAGCAAUUCCAUAUGAAGCUUUGUUUUUCUGUACAUAUUUCGUGGAAGAUUUUAGGCAGAACAUUCUGCCCCAACCAGAAGUUCUGGAUACAUGACGUCCUUUGAUUGCCCAGUCAGAUAAGCACAACAUCGUGGCACUACACUGUCAUGCACACAACUUGUUCACCGGCCUUCAGCUGUGCUUUACAGAUGGCUUUUUGCCAUUUUACUUUUUCUAGAUAGAUCAAUUUUUUUCCUAAUUAGCCUCAAACAGGCUAGAGAAGAAAAGUAAAAUCUUGUGACACUGGACAUUUUAUAGUGGAAGAUUGUAAGGAGGUAAAGAACACCUGGAACACCUGGCAGCCAAGGAAUUCAUCAUCAUAUCUGAAAUGGAUUAACUCCUGUUUUCAUCACAAUCCCCGUUGUCUUGCUACCCCCGAUACAGUAUGAAGAGAACAAACUCCUCAAAAUGUUUUGUCACAGAGCUUUGAUGUGGAGAAUGGAUUGUCGGUGGGCCGCAGUCCCCUGGACGCUCAGGCCAGCCCGAGCUCUGGUGGUCUGGUCCGACAAGCCAACUUUCCUCACAGCCAGCGGCGGGAAUCUUUCCUCUACCGCUCGGACUCAGACUUUGACCUGUCACCCAAAGGUCCUUUGAAAAAUGCCUCCACUGCAAGUGACCUACACACAGAAGACAUGAUUGUCACACCAUUUGCACAGGUCCUUGCCAGCCUGAGGACAGUCCGGAGUAACUUUGCCGUCAUAACUGGCCAGCAAGAUCGGCCAGCCAGCAAGACCCGAUCGUCCGGAAGCAACCCGCCGUCCAUGUGCAAUACCAGUCUGGCAGAGGAGCCUCACCAGCAGCUGGCCAUAGAGACUCUGGAUGAGCUGGACUGGUGUCUGGAGCAACUGGAGACCCUGAAAACCCGACACUCUGUCAGUGAGAUGGCUUCCAACAAGUUCAAGAGGAUGUUGAACCGAGAGCUCACCCAGCUGUCAGAGACCAGCCGCUCAGGGAACCAGGUCUCGGAAUUCAUCUCAAGUACCUUCCUAGAGAAGCAACAUGAUAUGGACAUCAUGGCUCCCCCCACCAAGGAGGAGAAGAAGAAGCGACCCAUGUCCCAGAUCAGCGGUGUGAAGAAGCCUACGCACAGCCCCAGCCUCGCACCAUCCACCAUCCCUCGCUUUGGGGUCAACGCCACCCAGGAAGGUCAUCUAGCCAAAGAAUUGGAGGAUAUUAAUAAAUGGGGAAUUGACGUCUUUAAGGUCGGCGAGCACUCUGGGAAUCGUCCACUCACAGUCACCAUGUACACCAUCUUCCAGGAGCGCGACCUGCUCAAGUCUUUCAAGAUCCCAGUUGACACUUUCAUUACAUUCAUGAUGACUUUGGAGGAUCACUACCAUGCAGACGUGGCGUAUCACAACAACAUCCAUGCCGCCGACGUUGUCCAGUCAACUCACGUGCUGCUUUCAACACCUGCGCUGGAGGCCGUGUUCACCGAUCUGGAAAUCCUCGCCGCUCUCUUUGCCAGUGCCAUCCAUGAUGUGGAUCACCCUGGUGUUUCCAAUCAGUUUCUCAUCAACACUAAUUCUGAGCUGGCGUUGAUGUACAACGACUCAUCCGUAUUGGAGAAUCACCACCUAGCUGUCGGGUUUAAGCUUCUGCAAGAGGACAACUGUGACAUCUUUCAAAACCUCAGCAAGAAACAGAGACACUCACUGCGUAAAUUAGUCAUUGACAUGGUGCUAGCCACUGAUAUGUCCAAACACAUGAACCUGCUGGCAGACCUAAAAACCAUGGUGGAGACCAAGAAAGUCACCAGUUUAGGUGUUCUGCUUCUGGACAAUUACUCAGACCGCAUUCAGGUCCUUCAGAACAUGGUGCACUGUGCCGACCUGAGUAACCCCACCAAGCCACUUGAGUUGUACCGUCAGUGGACUGAUCGGAUCAUGGUGGAGUUCUUCACCCAAGGGGACAGGGAGCGGGACAAGGGCAUGGAGAUCAGCCCUAUGUGUGACAAACACAAUGCCUCCAUUGAGAAGAGCCAGGUGGGUUUCAUUGAUUACAUCGUCCAUCCUCUUUGGGAGACAUGGGCUGACCUCGUUCACCCCGAUGCGCAGGAGAUCCUAGACACCUUGGAGGAUAACAGAGAGUGGUACCAGAGCAUGAUCCCCCGCAGUCCUUCACCAAAUCCCGAAGGCCCAGAAGAAGGGGGCGUCACUGGAGAAGCCUCGGGGUUUUGUGCGGGCACAGCAUCCACUGACAAGUUCCAGUUUGAGCUGACCUUAGAGGAGGAGGAGGGAGAAUCUGAUGCGGAGAGCCUGCCAGAUGAAGAGGAGGGUAGUCAAGGGACUGAAGCAUCCAGAACUGAUCCUGCCAAAGGAUUCAAUGCCAUAACUGCUCACCUACUCCCUAAAACCAUCGCUGCUGAUGCAACAAGAACGUUUUCCGCACACUCCGAUAAAGACAUGGCAGCAGAAAGAGCGACAGACACGGGAUCAGACAUCAGACUCGACACAUAGCACCCAUCCCAAGUUUCAGCUCCACCUUCACCUUCAGCCUUUUUUUUUUUUUUUUUUUUUUUUUCUUGAUUUCAGUGCCUCGUCCGUUGUCACUCUGCUUCUCCUCGUGCACACAAACUUCACCUUUGUUUCCGGAGGUACGGUGACAGCGAAACCUCUGGAUGGGAAGCACUUGUGUGCAGCUGUGAACGAGGUCUGCAGUUGAAGCAGGCACUUGCACUAAAGACAGACUGAGAGACUGAGUCUGGGAGAGGACAGGAAUUCGGGUUUCUGACUGUUUGUUUCUGUUCUGUCAGUCAGACACACUGUGGCUAUUCUACAGAGACCAUGUGACAAGAAAUACUUGCCAGAUUAGGUUGCACCACAAGAAUUGAAUUGAAAUGAAUUGUCUUCCUCGUUUUCGUUUUUAAGUAAAGAUGGUGAGGAAGUGGUGAAUGACACGAAAAACACAAUGAUGUCAGCUUGAUUCGUUAUUCAACUUGAAUUUGGCUGAGGAUACUUGAAGAGGUUUUGCCUCUCUUUCAAGGUUGAUUCUUAAAUUGUGACAAACUACGGGGGAGUUUACCUAUAGCAAGACAUUUUGCCAAACUAGCAACUUAAUGUUGUUUUGCCUGCCUUUGAAAUCUUUGCUAUAUAAUGAUGUUGUCUUUUAAUUAAGAUAACUUGUCAAACCUGUUCCAGCAAAAUGCACACAGAGUGAGAGUGUAGGAAACCUGAAAUUUAGAAGACAUUUUGAGUGACUCUUGUCAUUCUUGUAUGCAUAACUCCCCCUCGCCAGCCAGUCAGUGGAAGAAGAUUAAAGUGAAUAACCUGCCAAAAAGCACGAGCUCUUUUGACAUUGUCCUCUGCCUCCAGCUUGUUACCUCCAUUUCUGUAUCUUUCAGUGGCAGGCUGUGCAUGUGGUACCUGGGCCUUCAGUGACUUAUCCCACUUAAUCCACCUCUUAAUACCACCACUAUAACGUUGCAAUUAUAGAAGCCAUCAAUUUGAUACAAAUAUGCAACAUAACAGCACACAACUGUGCCACAUACUGUACCUUAUUUAGAGCAGUUCGGAAUCAAUAUGAAAUAACCUGACAAAAACAAAAAUGUAAAUGAAGUCAAUCAUACUCACCCGAGAUCCUGAUUAAAUGUGACUUGUUUUGCUAGUUGGAGUUCGCUGUAGCAAGUUUUGCUCUGACCAACCACCUGACCCUCGGAGGAUGAAUUUGAAAUCUUAUUGGUUAAAAACAAAAACUGUACCGCACUAAUAUAGUUUAGGUUCCAUCAGCAAGCACUACUGAUUCUGAAGGCCCUGAGCAGAUUAGAUUAACAUGGCAACACAAAGAGGCUGAAAUCGAACACGCAACACACGUACCGGAAGCAGUGCAGCCAAGAGAAACCCACUCCUGCUAUCUUUAAACUACUGUCAUCAUGAACUCGUUUCAGAACAGCCACAACAAAGUGCUCUGUGUACAUGUUUCCCCCUGGUGUUGAAAAGUAGUCCUUCAUCUUUGGUAUCAAAUUUGCAUGGCCUGCAUGGGAAACACAUUCAAAGUGGGUUCAACUGUAGAUCCCUCUGUCCAAAAAUAUCAGCAAAGUUUCUUCUUUGUUACUAUUUAAACUCUUGGUUUUUGUUUUUUUGUUUUUUAAAUUUAAAGUCACUUGUCUGCAUUGUUGAUAUGCACACACCCAUUUGAUCAGUUUGCCUUCAAAUUGAGCACUUUAGAGGUUUUUUUUUGUUGUUGUUCAUGGCUAGUAGCCCUCAUUGUGAUUUGGAAGGGCUUCGAUUCAAUCCACAAGGACAUGGAGGCUUUUGACUGAAAUGCUACAUGCACAAAAAUCAUGCAAACACUGAACGCUACAUUCUAUUGGGCCACUGUCAUUACUUUAAAGCAAUGGUGCAUUUAUAAACUGAAAUAGUAUUUUUACAAUGAGCAGGAUGCAUCUUUGUAACUGUUAAAAAAAAAGAAAAAAAGUGAGUGUUUUUUUUCCUCUUGUUAAUCAAUAUUUUGCUCUCCAUCACAUAAGUCAAUGACAAAACAAGUGCCAGGCAAACACGACACAACCCAUACUGUAGUUUCCAUUUUGCCACAGGCUACUUUCCACCAGCGCCAAACUGAUAAAAGUUGGUUGAUUGUAGCACCUCGUGUGCCAAUCUAACCCCAGCAUCUCUCCAACUCGUAUUCAAACUGUAACUGAUAUUGUCUUAAAGCGAUGACGUGUUUUUCUAUGUGAGAGCGAAUGACUGGGAGGAUUUUUUUUUUUUUUUGCUAAUAAAAACCAAAGCACUUUGUAUAGUACAAUUUACAAUUGUGUACCUCCAUUAUGUGUAUAAUGUGACAGUUUUGUGGGCUGUUGAGUGACAUUCACGGGCUAUGCCACUACAGCUGUCAAAGAUUGGACUUUGGGAUGGAAGUCUUUCUCUUUUUCUGUAUUUGUUGCACAACUUUGACUACAAGAUAUGAACAGCAUAAAGACCACUAUAGAGUUCUGUUUUAGCACAAAUCACUCCCAUUCAAUGUGUCAAUUUGUCAUGUUUCUAUUUUUUUUCUUUUUUCAUGUUGUAUUUUCACUCCUGGGAUUUUCUUUUCUUUUUUUUCUGGGCCAUAGAUGUAUUCACCAACAUGCUGGAGGAAUACGUGCAAUGCUUUCUGUCACCAUUAACAGCACAAGCACAACAACACUACAGGAUGCCUUGAAAACUUAAGGUCUAUCGAACAGCAUCUUAACCAGCACAACAUACACAAGGAUUCAGUGUGUGUUUUAUCUUGUACAAUUUCCUCACAUUGCUCCAUGUACAGUUUAUUUAUUAUUUCCAUACUACCUAUGAGACACAAUGGAAAAGUAGACUUUGUUAGUCUAAGGUUUAGAUCUCAUUUGUCAUAUGAUGUGUCAGAAAGACUUAUGGGAAAGGUUCCAAUGUUUCUCUGCUUUUUUUCUUCUCUACGGUUUGUUUCUGCAAAUAACAUUCAUAAGCAAAGUUACUCAUUUUCAUAUUUCGUUGGUAUGAAAAUAGUUGAGUGGCAGAUUUCCCUCAGGGUUUUCUGAAACAUUUCUCCUUCUACUGUCUUCCUCUGUUGUCAUGAAGGAUCUUCCAGAAUAUUGUUCGUCGACAGUGAAGAUUUCGGUCUGAAAUUGUCAUCUUAGAUGAGAAUCUCUUCUUCCUGAUGAUGUAUGGUUCAGGAAUGACUACCACAGCUUUGACAAUCUCUCUUUCAUUUAACUGCGGGUGUUUGUGCCCUCCUUCCAACUAGAACUGUAUGCCUUGCCAAUAAAAGAAAAAACAUUUCA